AUGUCAGAAAUGAAGAAUCAGAUCACUGAUGAGGUCAUUCCCUGGAGGCAGCUUCCUUUAGAGAACCUCACCAUGGUCACUGAGUUCUGGUUGCUGGGCUUUUCUGACCUUCAGGAAAUGCAAUUUGCUCUCUUUGCUGUCAUUCUCUGCCUCUACAUGGUCAUACUGGGUGGAAACAUCACCAUUAUCACCACAGUCCACCUAGAGAACAGCCUCCACACCCCCAUGUAUUUCUUCUUGGGCAUUCUUUCUGCCUCUGAGACCUGCUACACCUUGGUCAUCUUACCCAAGAUGCUCCUCAACCUCCUAUCUGUGCUCAGGACAAUAUCGUUCAUCAGUUGUGCCACCCAAAUGUUCUUCUUUCUUGGUUUUGCAAUCACCAACUGCUUGUUGUUGGGUGUGAUGGGUUAUGACCGCUUCACUGCCAUCUGUCACCCCCUGCGCUACCCAAUUCUCAUGAGCUGGUGGUUAUGCAAGUUGAUGGCAGCCACUUGUGGUGUGAGUGGCUUUCUGAUUUCAAUGGUGGGUACGUUUUUGGUCUUCAGCCUACCCUUCUGCAACUCCAACAGGGUCAAUCACUACUUCUGUGACAUUGCACCUGUUAUUCAUCUUGCCUGUGGGGACCCCUACAUCAAUGAGGUGAUCAUAUUCAUUGGUGGGGUUAUGAUACUCAUGGUCCCCUUGACUUUCAUCUGUAUCAUCUAUGGCUUCAUUGUCAGAACUAUCUUAAGGAUCCCAUCAACUGAAGGGAAAAAGAAAGCUUUUUCUACCUGCGCUUCCCACCUCACAGUGGUUGUGGUCCACUAUGGAUGUGCAUCUUUUGUCUACUUGAGGCCCUCAUCCAGGUACACAUCUGGCAAGGAUCGGUUGGUGACAGUGACUUACACCAUCAUCACUCCCUUAUUGAAUCCUUUGGUUUACAGUCUCAGGAACAAGGAUGUCCAGAUGGCCAUUCGGAAGGUUUAUUUUAAACCAACAAAACCCAAAUUGUUGGCAUCAUAG